ACAUGUAAAUUUAUGUUAUCUUAAGAAACAAGUUAUUUUAAUUUUUGUGGGUAUCGUCUUGCCUAACAUAACGCCUCACUGCUAAUCCGCAGCUGUAUUUGUAUUUAUAGUCGUAUCAGUUCAGAUACUAGUCUGACAAGUUUUAAUCCCACGGGUUUUUCAUGGGCAAAUUUAGUGCAGUGACAAGUACAUUCUUUAUCGGAAAUCCGUAGAGGACAGAUCGUUUACAAAAAUUCAUAGGAGAAGAAUACGGCGGAAAACUGCAGUGCUACUGUUUUUGAGAAUUCACAAUUUAGAUGAGUAUACAUUAUAUAUUUUCUUUAGAUGUCUGCGCUUAUUAUUUUGAUUGAUGAACUUUCUUUUAAUACGGCAUUUGCAUAUAUCCUCUGGAAAGGAAGGGAGACACGUGUUUUGUCGUACAGUGAGCAAGAUAUUAGUUAUUUUGGCAUUAUUCAAUCACUGGCCGGAUCAGUCUGAAGUGAAUUUUAGUUUAAAAAAUAAACAGGCAUAGUGAGCUGACAAACACUCACGGGUAAAACAUUGGCGUGGUCGAGCGUUUUUGGUUGCACGUACAUGUGCUAGAAAAAUGCAGUACGUUAGUUACUAUACAUUAUUCUCAGUCAUAUUUAUUUAUGGACUUAAACCAUAUGUACAAUAUGCAAGUACUCGUUCCGCCCAAGGUGUACUGAGGUUUAUGCAUUUCUAAGGUACAUUGUUUAAAAUACUUGUGAUAUGGAAAUUUUUAUAACAUGAUUUUGUAACGUUUGGGUGAACCAAAGAUUUUUUCUUUGUAGCCUAAUAUAUUUCAAACAAUUUACAAACUAUUACGUCAUUAAAUGAAAGAAAUAUACAAAUGGUUGUUUCUCUACGAAUUGUGAAAUUAAAUCUAAUUACCUUGCUUCAAAUGAUAAAAAGCAUGCUGCAUGUUCUAGUUACAGCCAAACAGAUCCGAUGAGAAAGGGGCGACAUACAAUUUAUUGGUUCUAUGCCAUUUUCAACAGUAUUUCAGUUAUGCAAUGGCGGUCAGAUGGAUAAAGUGAUUGUAGAGACUGCAUAGAGGAAAAUUGGUAUGCAAUAAGGUAAUGUAAGCUUACGCUUUUUUACGUGUCAAGGAAAGAAAUAGGCUAUUUUAACUUGAUUAGCUAUACCAGCAAGAGAGCGUCCCUGUUGGGUUGGUACCAUGACAUGAAACAUUAACAGCUGACAAGAAAGAUACGUGUAUAUUGGAUGUUUUCAUAAUGUAACAUCUUUGUUAGCUGCUGUUUGUUUCGAAAGAAAUGUAAAAUAUAUUUUCAAUUUUAUACAUCAGCAGUGUAACUGGAUCUCAACUCUUGUAAUGUAUAAUAGUAAAUGAUAAGUGAUGCUUAUGAAAAUUAAUAACAGACUGUCACAGUUCUAAGUCGUAAAAAAAUUAAAGCACGAAAACGACAUGAUUAAAUCAAAUAAUUCACGGAUUUAUACAUAAUUAUAUUAUUAAUUUAUUGUAAUGAAUUACAAAGCUCUUUCAGAAUUGUAAAGAAAAAAUGCGGACAUGUUCGAAGUAAGACGCAGUUCUAGCCUGUACGCUUUGAUGCGAAUAAUCCAUUACGUCAACAACUGUAACACCAGCAUUAACACAACAACAGCGGUCAAUCUCUGGUAUAAAGGGCUGCAGAAAACUAAUGUCGUCAACCGGCUAUUCUCCUAAUGACUUUAAACAGUUUAGCUAUAAAAGCGGCGUGACAUGGUUGGGAUCGGCAGCUAUUGGGGCACCUUGUGUUGAAAGGUCCUUUGAGUUCAUUCAGUAACCUUGUCAUAGAAUAAGGCUCAAGGCGGUGAUAAGAGGCGUGAUGGGUGUUGUCCUCUUUAUUAACUCUCAUGAACAGACUCAUUCAAACCAGGCUUUCGAAAGAACACUUGCUAAGUUUGAAGAACCAGGUGUCAAACUAGUUCUGAUAACAGAGGCGUAUUAUGAACUAGCCUUAACGUUCGCACGGGAUUACUUCAUGACAGAGGAACCAUUAAAUAAAGCCCUUGGUAUGCAAUGGUCAGACGAGCUGAAAGAGUUCUGGAUGAAUUCAUUCAAACUAAACCUUUCGUUGAUGUUUUUGAUUGAACAAGACGGAGCACCAAUCGCGCUCCGGACUACCAGAAUAGCUCGCUAUGAUGACAAGCUAAAUAUUAAGGCCGUAAAGGAUGAGCGAAUCAAACUAAUGGUCCAGUUUCUUGUACACGGUGAUAAAGAAGCGAAUUACUUUGAACAUUUCCCUACCAAAGAAGCAUUUCAUUUUCUAGGUCUUGGAGUAGCUCCGAAAUACAAACAAUGUGGCUAUGCUGCGAAGAUUUUCAACGUGGCAGUUGACAUGAUACGUAAUUUUGGGAUCAAUCCAGUGUAUCUCAAAGUCGAGGGUACAUCGAAUUUCUCGAAAAGGGUUUUCGAGAAAGCCGGAUGUGAAAUGCUAUUUGAGCAACGAUUCGAUACAUAGGAGAUUGAUGGAAAGAUUCCAAUUCAGAACACAGGUAUUCACGAAUCAAUGAAAGUGUAUGGAAUGAGAAUUUCCACAUGAUCAUAAGAGCACAAGAAUGAUUGAGUAGUCAGUUCUAAACAAAUACUGAAAGGGGCAGAAAUGACUAACAAUAUAUCUAUUUUAUAUUUACAUUUAUCAGAGUAUUUAACCAGUGUUAAAUCAAAAUCAUAUAUAACAUUAAUUUCAUUCAUCAUUUCGAGUUUUAUUGUAAAACUAUGAAUAGUU